ACUGAAAAAGGUCACGAGAGGAGAGAGAGAGAGCGAGCGGGGGAAAAAAAAUGCGCUUCGGGAUAUGAACUUUGACGAACAGAGAGUGGGAAGACUAAGAGCGAGUGGGGGGAACAAAAAUAAAAGAAAUCCAUCAGCUUGGACCACGAAAAAGACACCAAAGCGUUUAAAGACCACCGAGCGCCGGCCACGAACCAAGGCUGACUCUGUUCUUUCCUUUCCUCUGCUCUUCCUUGAAACUCUCUCUGCGCUCCCUCCCUAGUCCCUACCUCACCUCCCAUCCCCAUACCUUAGCUCCUCUCGUCAUCCCAAAGUCCAAACCACCACCAUAAAACAUAGAUGGGGACUAUUCACCACCACCACCACCACCACCAACCCAGCAGUUUCCCCACCAAGAAACUCAUAACCGGAGCUCUCUAUGCCCUCCUUCCCUUGGCUCUCCUCCGUGUAUAUCUCUUCUCCAUCCCCUUAAACCAACCCGAACUCACCAACAAUACUCAAACCCAAGAAACCUCCUCCCCCUCCAUCCCUUCCUCUCAAGCAGCGGAAGGAGUUGAACAGAGGCAUAGCCCGAGAAGUCCCCGGUGCGACUACUCCGAUGGCCGGUGGGUGCCGGACUCACGCGGGCCUCGAUACAACGGCACCAGCUGCAGCACCAUCAAAGAUGGCCAGAAUUGCAUGGCCCAUGGCCGGCCCGACGCCGGCUACCUCUACUGGCGGUGGCAGCCUAACCAGUGCCAGCUCCCCGGCUUCGAUCCCGUGUCAUUCCUCCAGCUGAUCCAAAACGAACACCUGGCUUUCGUCGGCGACUCCAUGGCCCGGAAUCAGGUAGAGUCCCUCCUCUGCCUCCUUUCCACCGCAACGCCGCCUGAGCUUGUCCACCGAGACGGGCAGGAAAACAUAUUCCGGCGGUGGGUCUUCCAUGACUACAAUGCCACCAUCUCGGUCUUUUGGUGCCCGUUCCUCGUUAAGGGGAUCGAGAAGUCGGCGGCUUCGGGCCUAAAUCACAACAAGCUGUACCUAGACUCGCCGGACGAGCGGUGGGCGUCGGAGUUGGAUCAAAUGGACAUGGUGGUCUUCUCGGUUGGGCACUGGUUCCUCCACCCGGCUAUCUACUACGAGAAUGAGUUAGUCCUUGGCUGCCACCAUUGCCCUGAAUCCAAUCACACCGAGAUCGGUUUCUUCGAUGUCUUUCGAAGGGCAUUCAAGACUACACUCAAGGUGGCGAGCAGUCGAUAUUGGUCAUCGCCGGCUUCCUCCGAGAAGCUCGUGGUGGUGACGACCUUCUCGCCGGCACACUUUGAAGGGGAGUGGGAUAAAUUUGGCGCUUGUCCAAAGAAAGAGCCUUACAAAGAAGGCGAGAAGGAGAUGGAAUACAUGGACGCCGAGAUGAGGAAGAUCGAGGUCGAGGAGGUGGCGGCGGCCGCGAAGGAGGCGGCGGAGAGCGGAGGGAGGUUAAGGAUUGAAGCACUGGACGUGACCAAACAGGCGUUGCUGAGGCCGGACGGCCACCCAGGGCCUUACAUGUAUCCAAAUCCGUUCGCUGAUGGAAUAAAAGGGAAGGUCCAGAACGACUGCGUGCAUUGGUGCUUGCCGGGGCCAAUCGAUACUUGGAAUGAGAUAUUGAUGGAGAUGAUAAGGAGAUGGAAAGAAAAGAGUAGCUGAAGAAGAGGAAGUCAUCCUGGUGGUUUUGUUUGUUGCCAGUGAUUUGAGAGAAGGAAGAUUGGAUUGAAUUAAUUCAUUUUUAUCUACGUUUUUUUUUUUUUUUUUGUUGUUCAAUCUUGAUUAAAGAUAUGAAGCAAGAGAGCUGGGGAAGCUUUUAUGAGCUGCAACAUUGAAGCUUUACCGGGAAAGGUUAUGGUUCAUAUGUUAUUAUGAGGUUGGUGAGGGCUUGAGUUGAGCUUUUCGCAUCCAAAGCUGAACGCCUCCGGACCACAAUACUUUGGUCUAAAGUGGAAAUCCAGCUGUCUCACAGGAAGCAUUUCUUCCAUCUACAUUGGAUUGAAGAAGGCCAUUUGUCUAGGAUACUGCCUUGGAUUUGGAAGCUGGCCUCUUUAUUUGGUGGCAGCAGAGAUCAUGUAGUUCGUAGGUUCAGUAGCCAUGGGAAAAAAAGGGUUUUCGUAAAGCUCAGUAGUCCAAACAGUAGUUGAUUUACCCAAUAAAAUUCGGAAAUGGUUCUGAUGAGAGUGGCAGUAGUUGAGUUCACUAGAGUGAGUUUUGAUGGGAUGUCAGUGUCGGAAGAGUCGCUGACAAAUAUUUUUGGUGUGCUCUGCAGAGGACAUCAUAUUUCUACAGAAAGAUGAACACCGCUGCUGACUAGAUGGCUUCUUUCAGAGCCUGUCGCUCUAGAGGUUUCAUUUGGAUGGACCAUGGAUUGGUUUCUACUCUAUUGUAUAAUCUUUUUUUUUCCAAUUUUGUUAGCUGCAUUCACAUCUAGCAGGUGUAAGCCGCUAUUGUACUAGAACAAAAAAAAAAAAGAAGAAGCAUUUUUGGGCUACCACGGACUUACAGCCAAUGUGAAAGGAUUAUUAUGAACUUAAAAUUUGGAUUUGUAUGCAGCAAUUCUAUUAUGUUGUCUAGCUGCAUUUGCUAUUAUUGCUAUUUGUCUCUGCGUGUAUAGUAUUGGAAG